GAAUUUGGAUUAAACCCAUUUCAAGAAAAUUCUGUAGAGAUUAAUGAAGGUUAUACAGCCACUUCCAAUAACAAACAAAACUUUUUUGAUUACCAAAAUCAAAGCAAUUGUUAUUUUACAAGUGCUAAGGAUGAUGGUGUAUCCCAAAAAAUAUACCAUAAUUUUGAAUUUGUAUGUUAUGACCAAUAUGUUGAAAACACUGAGAUUUCUAAGGGUUAUAUAGUUGAUACAUCUAAGGAAAACUGGUCUGAUUAUCCAAAUCAAAUUUAUCUAAUCGAACUUGAAUAUAAUUAUACCCCUGAAGAUAAAGAGAAUGUCUCAGAAAGUGUUUGUAAGGAAAACAUAUUAGAUUAUUCAAUUAAAAUUGAGAAUAAUUAUAACCCUCAAGUUAAAGAUAAUAUCUCAGAAAGCGAGUGUAAGGAAAACAUGUCGGAUUAUCCAAUCAAAAUUGAAUAUAAUUAUAUUCCUCAAGAUAAAGACAAUACCUCUGAAAGUGUGUGUAGGGAAACCAAGUUAGAGUAUCCAAUCAAAAUUGAAAAUAAUAAUUAUAUCAUUAAUCAUAAAGAUAAUAUCUCAGAAAGUUUGUGCAAGGAAGACAUGUCUGAUUGUCCACUUAAAAUAAAAAAUAAUUAUAACACUGAAGACAAAGAGAAUAUCCCAGAACAUGUGUCAUCACUUCAGUAUCCCAAAUCCUGGACAGAUAACUUUACAGAUUAUAAAAAAAAUGAUGCAAAUAACAAUGAAAUCAUUUUUAAGAGUUCUAAGAAGGAGCAAAUUCAAAUGAAGAAGAAUGAUAGGCAAAUUCAAAUUAAGAAGAAUGAAAAGCAAAUUCAAAUAAAGAAGACUGAUGAAGAGCAAAUUCAAAUAACGAAGACUGAUGAAGAACAAAUUCAAAUGAAGGAGAAUGAUGGACAAAUUCAAAUGAAGCACGAUGAGUACAAAAGACUGAAAUUGAUCUGUGAUAUAUGUAAAAAAGAUUUCUUAUCCCAUGAAGACAUCGUGGACCACUUAAAUUCUCAUCUGGAGCUACACAUUUGUCCAUUUUGUGGAAAACCAUUCACUCAAAAAGAAGACUUAAGAGAACAUUGUACCUUACAUCUACCAAGCAAACCAUCUAGUAAUCACGAAUAUCUAAAAGAUGCAAAACAGCACAAGCAAUAUAAAAAAGAGGUGAAAAAUACAAAUUUCAGACAACACUAUUUAACUCAUGACACUGGGCAUUGUUCUAUGAAAUCUAGCAGUAUUUCUAAUGUCACAAGGCAUUUAGAAACAGUGCAUCCUGAUUCAAAGAUUGAAGUCGCCACAGGGCAACUCAUCUUAGCUACACAUUGCCAGAAAUUCUCAAUGGGAUUUAGGUCUGGUGAAUUACCAAGCUAUUCACUUUAUUUUCCUGUAUUAAAGUAUGGCAUGCUUGGUUUUUUCACAAUUAUCUGUGUUAUAAACUGUUCUGUCUUAGUUUACCUUGCCUUCCAUCCACAAUAGAUAUAAUGUAUAUUCAAGCUUCAGUCUAUGGCCAGAAGUUGGGGUAGUUUAUUUAGCAGAAGGGAAAACAUACACAAAAUGUUGAAAGGACAACUUAACUACCACUCAACAUGUUCAAUAUAAAAUAUAAUAAAAACAUAUCUGACUGAA